UGAAGCGAGGACAUUUCUGACGUUUCGGACAUAAAAUUCGUAUCGAAAAUCUUUAAUUAUAGAGAGAGAGAUAGCGAUUCACGCGACAGUUCUCUCUUUUUAUCGUGACUUUUUCGAUUAGAAGAUUAAAUCAGAAUUCGUACGUAUGGGACUUUGGUGUGGGUGGUUCUUUACAUUUGGUGACUAUCUUUAUCUCUUUUCCAAAGAUAUAUCCUGGAUAGUAGUUGUCUUUAUUUAUAUAAGCAAGAGACGUGAGUCUGCGACACGGCUUUUCGCGUGUGAAUCAAACUCGCGGAAAUUUUACGGAUGGAAACAUGAAGCAUGCGUGUAUCUAGCAUUUCGAGAAUCGCAUUUCCGGCUGUUUAGCAACGGAAUAUUUUUUUAACGAUAAAAGGAAAAAGAAACUGCGCGAUUACUCUGCAGUCUUUCGCGCACGAUACAUAAAGAGACUCUACGUUUGACGUAUGAAAAGAUGGUGACCGAUUGAUAUAGCGAGGUUUAAUGAUAACGCAAGUCCCGAGUGUUUCCAUUAAUUUUCGUCGCGAUAAGAUUGUCAGUCGAGCGAACGAUGGACGACGGCAACUCGUCAUUGGGGAUAUCGUGAACAGCCGGAGACGUCGUUUCGGUUCGUACAUCGGUUAGUUCAGCUAAUUACGAGCUAUUUGUUCCUUCACUUGGGAUUCUCUCUGCGCGAAGUAUUCACGAGUGUUCAUCGAGUGUGAUAACAUUUCAACGAUCAUAUUACAAGAGAGUAAUUUGAUAGAAAAAUUAUGAAUCUUUUAAGAUAUUAUUUUGAAUUAUAAUUAACUUUGUACAAUGUCCCAUUGCGAAGAAGAAGCAGUAUCACCUGGUUUUCACCAAUUAAGUAUCACAAUUGAAGCAGCAAUAUUAAGAAGUUCAACUUUCUUAAAGCCUAAUCCAUAUAUAGAGUUCUCAGUCGAUGAUAAAAGUCCUCGUAAAACAGAAGUAUCAAAGUCUACGUAUCAGCCAAAAUGGAACGAAGAAUUCACUAUACUUGUCACGCCAUAUUCACAAUUGCACUUUCGACUUCUUGACCAUAGUACAUUUCGCAAAGAUACAUUAAUAGGAGAAAAACGGAUAAGCCUAUUCCAAGUGUUAUCACAUUAUAAUGGAAAAUUAGAAAAUUUGGAAUUAACAUUUGAUUUAAUGAGCGAAAGCAAACAUGAUUCUCAGUUAUGUAAAGUUGGUGAAUUGAUUACAGUAUUUGAUGGACUUAGAAUUGAUACCACUAAUGAGACACCAGUGAAUGUUAAUGAACCUCUCUGCCAAAUACAAUCAGAUGGUGCCACAAAUAAUGAUACGAUGAAUAACCGAAGCAUUCUCAACGGUGGAGUCCGUGCGCGUAUGAGAUUGCAUAGUUCAGAUAGUCUCGCGCCGUCUAUGUGUCGUUUGACAAAUAUUCAUCUUAGUCCCAACUACAACAGUGGAAACAGUCAAACAAAUAGUAAUGCAGCAAAUAUUGGAUCUUCUACCACAAUAAUUUCAAGCGUAGACGGCACAUCGGGUAAUAAUGUUAGCAGCAGUAGCAGUCUCUCUGCAAAUACUUUAAUGAACGGGCACGCGAUUCCAAUAGUUGAUAAAUCUAUGAUGUCCCCGGGAAAUCGGCAUGCCGCAAACAUACGAACUUUCGCAGGUAGAUUGACUAUUAAAGAUCAAUCUCCGGCGUCGGCUAAUUCGCCGGAAGGCCGAGUAUACAGGCGAGGCAGUUAUGGCAAUCCGGUGGAGCAACAAUCCACGAUGGCCAAGUUGGAUCUACGUAGUAUGCCUCGAUCAGAACAAUCCUCUUCGAUGAUUCCCGGACAGCAAACAUGUGCGGCGGAUGUUCGAGGCAUUUUGCGACAAGAUCAGCCGAUAGAUAGUUCAGGUGCUGCUCAAACAGAUCUGAACGUGUCUUUGCAUGCAGAUGCACGCAAUAGCGGUGGUGCUUUACGAAUAGAACAACCGACUUCACCAGACGGUCGUGUAAUUACACGAUCGGAACACGCACUACGAAUAGAACAACCGGUUGUCGAGACACGAACACCGGAACACACUCUACGAAUCGAACAACCGACAAUUGUCACAACUCUAGCAGAUGGUCGUGUAUUAACACGAUCGGAACAAUCGACGAGCGGCAACCACCUAACAGACGAUUUACGCGAAACUAGACAACCUACAGAACAGCCUACGAAUAUUCGACGGAUGAGUAUGACGAAUGAAGAUCUACGUGCGAUAAGACAACCGGAACAAUCCAUCGCGAGCAGCAUUCGUGUAUCCGAGGAUAUGCGUGGGAUGAGACAGCAGACUGAACAAUCAGCUAAUAACCUUCGUUUAAACGAAGAUUCGCGAGGAAUAAGGCAAUCCGAGCAAUCUGUUCGUACGGUCGAAGAUCUACGCGCGGCGAGGCAACAACCUACGGAACAGUCUACAAGCGUUCGUCUGCAGGAAGAUUUACGAAUUCCUCGCGCGGAACAAUCGUUAAAUGCAGAUCUACGUGUUUCGCUUCCUCGUCCACAAAAUGCGAAUAUUCUGCCGACAGACGGUCAUCGUACCGCAUCAUCCGUCUCUCGAUCGGAACAGUCAGCGAUGUUUUCCUUACCCGACGGACGGACUAUUUCUAUCGCGGAACACAUGCCCUCUCCUGCCGUGCCACCAGAUCCUCGUUCUGGUGCAUCGCGAAUUCCGCAGACUGCGGUUCCUUUGCCGAGUCAACCUAUGGCUGUACCCGCGACAGCGCAAUCAGGAUCCUCGGUACUACUCGCUGAAGAUGUUAAUCAUUCCGAAGAACCCUUGCCGCCUGGUUGGGAAAUGAGAUAUGAUUUAUAUGGAAGAAGAUAUUACGUCGAUCAUAAUACUCGAAGUACGUCUUGGGAGAGACCCCAGCCUUUGCCUCCUGGAUGGGAAGUUCGUCGCGAUCCAAGAGGUAGAAUUUAUUACGUCGAUCAUAAUACGAGAAGUACCACAUGGCAGAGACCAAAUACAGAGAGAUUACAGCAUUUCCAACAUUGGCAAGGUGAAAGACAAUAUGUCGUUCAACAAGGCAAUCAAAGGUUUCUUUAUCCCCAGGCUCAUGGAAAUCAAGUUGCUGCGGGUCCGUCGACGUCCGCGGCCGAUGAUGACGAUGCUUUGGGACCAUUACCGGCUGGUUGGGAAAGACGAAAGCAACCAGAGGGUAGAGUUUAUUAUGUAAAUCAUAAAAAUAGGACCACACAAUGGGAAGAUCCUCGAACGCAGGGUCAGGAAACUGGAAUGGAUGAACCACCAUUACCAGAUGGCUGGGAAAUACGAUUAACAGAAGAUGGGGUUCGUUAUUUCGUUGAUCAUAACACCCGAACAACAACGUUUCAAGAUCCAAGACCUGGUGCACCUAAAGGCCCUAAAGGUGUAUAUCGUGUUCCUCGAGCAUAUGAAAGAUCAUUCCGAUGGAAACUGUCUCAGUUCCGGUUCUUAUGUCAAACUAACGCGCUGCCUAAUCAUAUUAAAAUUAGCGUUAGUCGGCAGACAUUGUUUGAGGAUUCUUAUCAUCAAAUAAUGAAUGCAGAAGCUUUUGCACUAAGACGGCGAUUAUACAUAAUAUUUAAAGGAGAAGAAGGUCUGGACUAUGGAGGUGUAUCUAGAGAAUGGUUUUUCCUACUGAGCCACGAAGUUUUGAAUCCGAUGUACUGCCUAUUCGAAUAUGCCAAUAAAAGCAAUUAUAGUUUGCAAAUAAAUCCAGCUUCGUAUGUCAAUCCUGAUCAUUUGCAAUAUUUCAAAUUUAUUGGCAGAUUUAUUGCAAUGGCUCUUUAUCAUGGCCGAUUCAUAUAUAGCGGAUUUACAAUGCCGUUUUACAAACGCAUGUUAAAUAAAAAAUUAGUUAUGAAAGAUAUAGAAUCCAUUGAUCCAGAAUUUUAUAAAUCUCUCGUAUGGAUUAAGGAAAACAAUAUUGAUGAGUGCGGCCUAGAAUUAUAUUAUAGUGUGGAUUUUGAGAUUCUUGGUCAAGUAAUACAUCACGAGUUAAAGGAUGGUGGUGAUAAAGUUAGAGUAGGUGAAGACAAUAAAGAAGAAUAUAUCAGGUUAAUGACAGAAUGGAGAAUGACAAGGGGCAUAGAGGAACAGACAAAAGCAUUUUUAGAAGGCUUUAAUUCAGUUGUACCUCUUGAAUGGCUCAAAUAUUUUGAUGAACGCGAGUUAGAACUUAUGCUUUGUGGGAUGCAGGAAAUAGAUGUAGAAGACUGGCAACGCAAUACUAUUUAUAGACAUUAUACUCGUAAUAGUAAACAGAUCCUGUGGUUCUGGCAGUUUGUAACAAGAACAGAUAGUGAGAAAAGGGCUAGAUUACUGCAAUUUGUAACUGGUACUUGCCGUGUGCCUGUUGGUGGAUUUGCCGAACUAAUGGGAAGCAAUGGUCCACAAAGAUUUUGUAUAGAAAAAUUUGGAAAGGAUACAUGGCUGCCAAGAUCACAUACUUGUUUCAACAGAUUAGAUUUGCCACCCUACAAAAGUUACGACCAAUUAGUGGAGAAAUUAAAUUAUGCAAUUGAAGAAACAGAAGGUUUUGGCCAAGAAUAAUUAUAAUAAUGCUAAUUAAUAAUAUAUAAUAGGUAUGCUACAUAUUAUGUAUAUGAAUAGUGGAUGAUGCAAACAAAAUUUAGAAUAGUGCUAUAAACCAAUGGUGAAAUGGAGUUUAUGCUACAUCUGAAAUUUGUCGGGAAUAACUGUUAUUAACAGUGUAAAAGUUGCAAAUAAUUAAAACUGUUUAUAUGUUGCUCGAAAAAUUUGUAUGAGGCAUCAUAAUAAUUACAUGCAAAGAUAACAUAGUGAUCUAAAGUAAUAUCAGUUUAUUUCAAUUUAUUUCAUAUCUUAUUGACAUUUUUUACUUGUAAUUCAUGAAAAUGACAUAAAACGUUAAUAAGACAUGAAAUUUAAUAAAAUUCAUAAUACAUAC